CCUCCCCGCACACACCGCCGCUGCGCCUCGGAGGACCGACGCACAGCCGGCGAACUGAGGGACUCGCCGCGCGUUGAUGCGCCUGGAAGCAGCCUGCGGAUCGCGCGUGGAUGCUCGAUUCGUUAUGGACGAUCGAUGAUUGGAGCUAACAUGCGCCGGGCCCGCUGUGCUCAUUCUCCCGGGCUGUGCAGGUGUAAAAAGGUAACCAGACUGAGCCGCCACGCUUUAUCUCCGGAUCUCAUCAUGCAUGUUUUAUGUACAGUCAUGACAUUUUGUGGCGCUGUGGGACGGACGGCUGCUCGCGGUUCACGCCUGGAGUUGUAAUCGUCGCUCUUCCCCCCUGUGGUGGUUUGGCCGGUUGGGCUGGUUUUGGUGCUAAAAGGAAACAGCAGUAGCAGUUUGACCAACGCUGGAGCUCAGUAUGUCCGGAGUGAGGGAGCCGAGCCUGGCCGAGCUGCCCAUGGAGAGCUGGAUGUCUCACCUGCCAUGUGCUCUGUGGGACACUCCCCUGUACCACCUGGCCAUCCCAGGCAGCCACAAUGCAAUAACCUACUGUCUGGAUAUGAAUGACAGAUCCCCCGUUGACCUUACUCAGCCAGACAUGCUUCAAAAGCUGGACAAAUACAUGAAGCCCCUCAUUCGACCCUUUGUGUACAAGUGGGCUAUAACCCAGGAGUACACCAUAAAGCAGCAGCUGGACUGCGGGGUCAGAUACUGUGACCUGAGAAUCGCACACAGGCCCAAUGACAGCUCCACUGAUCUGUACUUCUACCACGGCGUGUACACCACGCUCACUGUGGAGACCGUUCUAGUGGAGAUCAGCGAGUGGCUGGAUGCUCAUCCCAAAGAGGUGGUCAUCCUCUCCUUCAGCCACUUCCUCGGCCUGAGCCAGGAGCUCCACAUGCUGCUGCUCACAACCAUACGCAAAGUAUUCACCUCCAAACUCUGCCCCAAGACGGAGGUGUUGACUCUUCGGAACCUGUGGGCUUUAGGCUGCUCAGUCAUUGUGUCCUAUGAACACAAUAUAGCCAGCUGUCACAGCGAGCUGUGGCCUCAUAUUCCGUACUGGUGGGCCAACAAAUGCAAAGCUGAGGCUCUUAUCGAGGCUUUUGAACACAGGAAACAACACGGCAGACCAGGAGGUUUCUUCGUCACAGGAAUUAACCUGACCGAGGACCUGAAAUACAUCUGCACACACCCAACAGAGUCCCUCAAGGACUUGGUGAUGUCCACGUAUCCCACGCUGCUGAGCUGGGUCAAGGAGCAGACCCCCGGCUCCAAAGCCGGCUCUCUCAAUAUCAUUGCCGGCGACUUUAUCACAGAGAGCCAGUUUGUACCAACUGUUGUUACGCUGAAUGAGAAACUACUGAAAUGGUCCUCGUGACUUUUCACCAAUUUGCAUUAUUCUACAAAAAAUGUGAAUCACAGCAUGAACCACACGAGCUUGUUUCAUUAAGAGUGACUGAAAAAUACUCAAGUACUUGAACUAUUCAUCUACGUAUAAAUGCACUUAUUGGAGGCAGUGACAUGUACGUUUCAGGCUUAAAGCUGCUUGAAAACAGACUUUUUGCUAUUUUGACCUGCGCUUGUUUGUUUACAGUCACUUCACUAUUUAUGCAAUGUACUGUAUCCGUUUCCACGAGUCAGCGAGGUGGCCGGUUUCAUGUUACGGUGACCAAAGCAAUAAUAACACAACCAAUCUCACCUUAAUGUAGGCAUUUUAGACGAGUAAGCACAAACCUUGUAUUCAACGAGCACAUACGAGUGUAAAGUAGGCCACAGACUUUUAUAAGUAUGACAUGUGGGCAGCAAGUUUAAGAAGUAGCUAAACUGUAUCACCUACAAUACAUGUAUUUAUCCGUAGCGAAUGUAGAGAAGACAUGAAACUUAUGCAAACUGCAUGGAAAACUUAUUUGCAUGGACCCAACCUUGACUGUUCUACUUAUAAUAUAGCCUACUUUAGCCAAUAGGUUCAGCCUUGAUUUAAAAUAAUGCUGCACCGCCGUGCCUGUGGAGAUGAGCUUUUACAAUAAACAUGGGCGUUUUUAAACAAAUAAUCACACUUUUAUUCACUGAUCAUUCAUUGGUUAACUGUUUGAGUCCUUUCUAUUUGCCCCAGGGUCCUGUGUUCCCAGGAUUAGGGUCGGGGUUUUGACCUGACCACAAUAGGAGGGUUUAUGCAUGUUAACAGAAUAUUGGACUGAGAGCAGGACCCGAGGAACAUAGAUAAAACUCCCAAAAUGUUUCCUUCCGAGAUGCCUCAGCUGGAGUUGCACAGUCUCUGCUCACCAAGGCAUCUGUUUCAUUUACACAAAAGAAGUGAGCACGUCUGUGGUGCUUUCAGGCCCUAAAGGGCCACAGCGGGGAAAAAGCUUUUGUGUUCCCCUGCAGUAUGCGUUCCUUUUCAAUGCUUUCGUGUUUCCUCACAAUAGUUUCUAUUACAUCAUCUGUCUGAAACUAUGCUGUUCUGGGACCUAGUCAGUCCAAGCAUUUCCAUCAUAGCAGCCGACAAGAUGAUAAACAGGCAAAUCAUUCAUGUAAAGCUCAUUAUUCAGAUGAAUUCAUUGUAGAAGGUUGUUUAUUGUAACAUUGAGAUAAUGGCUUCUACUGUUAGCCUGGGGUAUAAAACUAUUUACACUGUAAGCAAAAUUUGUAAUAGUGGUAAUUGUCGUUAAAUUAUGCAUUUAGUAUUUGAGACUGGGGUGUGUCACUGGGAUAAUUCCCAGACUUUUCAUAUGUUAAAGUAAAUUGCCCAAUUUUUAAAAAUCCAAGUUUAAAAUAUGUAUUUGCGUUUUAAAACUAAAAAGAUUCUAAAAUUUUCUAAUUUACAAUUCUGUUUCCUUUAUUAUGUGUUUAGUAGUAAUAGUCGUGGAUUACAUUUAUGUAGCGCUUUACCAUGAUACUGUGAUGUAUCAUGGUAAAGCGAUGUGUACCACCCACAUGGGUGGCUUUUAAAAUGGAAUAAAAAGAUAAGAUUUUAUUUACUCAUGUGUCUUCCAAUCAUAGUCAUAUUUUAACUUUUACUGUUCAAAUUUAAUGAUCUCUUCCAUUUAAAGAGGCUCAGUUAAAUGUUAGGAUGUGUGAACAGUGUAAUACCUGCAAAUUAAAUGAAGUCUAACCCACAGAGCUGCACAAGGAGCUCUGAUUGGCCAACUUAUGUGUUUGGCGGGAGUCUGGCCAAUCAGAGCUCCCACUCUAGCUAUCUGUAGUAUCAGUUUGACUAUUUUAUUGCAUUUUACUGGCAUUAAAUUAGCAAUAAAAAUCCAAAAAUAACUCUUUAAAUCUAUUCCAAAAAAAUAAAAUUAAAAGUUUUGUUUAUUUCAUCUGCUACAUAUUUCCUGUCAUAUUUUAUCACAUCAUCGGUUGCCCAAAGAUCAAUUUAAACAUUGAUUCUAUAAUUAAAGCCAAUGUGCCACCGUAAAACAUGAACAAGGUCUGACCCACAGAGUCACAAAGUACAAAGUUCAAACAAAUUCUCUCACCAGCAUUUAUUUUGAAAGGUAUCAUUUAAAGUAUCACUAAUUAUAAAGACUCACUGAAAAGUCUAGAAAUGUUCCAGUAGCACUGUCCAGCCCCCAUGUGUCCCCAGUACUACAUCCAAACAGUUACAGUUAAAGAUCUCAGAUGUGGUUUUGAAUGUACAGGAUUAUGUUUUUUAUUCAUACCGCUCUUAUUUAAUCAGGGACUUUGCUUUGUUCUGCUUCCUUGUUUUUUCCUUCUUCUUGGCGGCGGCUGCUUCUUUGUGAGAUGGGUGAAUCACAUGAUGAGGACGGUGUAAGAAAGGUUGUGUUUGCUUGUGUGAUGGAGGGAUGUGCAAAUAAAUUUGACAUCAGCA